GGGAGGAUUUUUUGGUAAUUUCGCAGCCCUGCAGGUGCCGUAAGCAGUAGUAGCAUAAGCUAGACCAAACACGCAACCUCCGUCCGCAGCAUACAUCACCGCCUCCGCCACAGCCUCUUCUUGCUUUUCUGCAACUCCUUCACAUCAUUCAAAGCCGCGUUUAUUGAAGAAGGGUGGUUCUCUAUGCGCGUGUCCCGUUCUCUUCUCCAAUCCGAAUAAAAGGAAGCCCCAUUUGAUCUCCGCGCAAAUGGAGGCCAAGCUCUGGAACGACAAGCGCGAGAGAGAAAUGUACGAGAAUUUCGCGGAGCUUUACGCCAUAAUCAAAUCCACGGAGAAGCUGGAGAAGGCCUAUGUUCGCGACAUCAUUAAUUCGACCGAGUACGAAACCGAGUGCCAGAAGCUUAUCGCCCAUUUCAAAACCCUAGCUUCGACGCUCAAGGACACGGUCCCCAACAUCGAACGCUUCGCGGACACCUACAAAAUGGAUUGCCCGGCGGCUCUCAAUCGCCUUGUGACUUCCGGAGUGCCCGCCACGGUCGAGCACCGGGCGGCGGCGGCUGCGUUGGGGACCACCUCCGCGUCCAUUGUGGCGGAAUGCGUUCAGAAUUUCAUCACGGCGAUGGAUUCGCUAAAGCUGAAUAUGGUUGCAGUUGAUCAGGUUCAUCCUCUGCUUUCUGACCUCUCUGCUUCGCUUAGCAAGUUGAGUAUUUUGCCGCCGGAUUUCGAAGGGAAGACGAAGAUGAAGGAGUGGAUCGCGAGGCUGUCAAAGAUGGGGGCUGCAGAUGAGCUGACGGAGCAGCAGGCUCGGCAGCUGCACUUUGAUCUUGAGUCCUCUUACAACUCUUUCAUGGCCGCCUUGCCCAAUGCCGGGACCUGAUGAUGUUGGUAAGACUGUAAAUAAGCAGAACUCUAUGUUUUGUGAAAGCGAUUCAGAGAUAUAGGUUGUGGGCUUAUGAACAUUGGAACCUUUGCAAAGAAUCAUUAUUCAUCACCCAUUUUGUAAUAUUUUAUAAUCAUAAUGACUGCAUUGUUCAUCUCUGUACUGAUAGUUUGUGUUGAUUAUUGUGAAGGGAAAUAUGUUUCAUAUUA